AUGUCCAUUCCCGUCGGAGCCGCCGCCUCAGUCCUCAAAGCAUCCGAUCCGGUCCCAGAAGACGCCGUAUCAGUCAAAGGUCCGAACUUCGAGGAGCCCCUCUCCCUCGAUGCCUUCCUGAGCUCGUAUGAACGUAUCGGCUUCCAGGCGACGAGCUUCGGAAAGGCCGUCAACGUCGUGAACAAGAUGCGGAAGUGGAGACUGUCCGAUGAGCCCGUCGCGGAUGACGAGGACGAAGAGUUUCGGGAUCCGGCGGUACGGGCUAACGUCAAAUGCAACAUCUUUCUGGGCUACACGUCUAAUCUGAUCUCAUCCGGUUUGCGCGAAGUCAUCUUGUAUCUCGCCAAGCAUAAUCAUAUCUCGUGUAUCGUCACGACUGCCGGAGGCAUCGAGGAGGACUACAUCAAGUGCCUCGGCAAGACGUAUCUUGCCGACUUCAACCUCGACGGCGCGGACCUGCGCAGGCGCGGUAUGAACCGGAUCGGCAACUUGGUCGUUCCGAAUGACAACUACUGCAAGUUUGAGGACUGGCUUACACCUAUCUUGGACGAGAUGCUGUUGGAACAGAAGCGAGACGGCACGAUCUGGAGCCCGAGCAAGUUCAUCCAUCGCUUAGGCAAGGAGAUCAACGACGAGGAGUCUGUCUACUAUUGGGCAUACAAGAACAAUAUCCCAGUCUUCUGUCCUGCGCUGACCGACGGCUCGAUCGGCGACAUGAUCUACUUCCACUCGUUCAAGAACCCCGGUCUUGUGCUCGACAUCGUCAGCGACAUUCGCGCCUUGAAUGAGCUUUCCCGCAAGUCUCGAAAAGCGGGCAUGAUCAUCCUCGGCGGUGGUGUCUGCAAGCACCAGAUCGCCAACGCCAUGCUCAUCCGCAACGGAGCAGAUUACUCUGUCUACAUCAAUACGGGACAAGAGUUCGACGGCUCAGAUUCUGGAGCAAGACCUGACGAGGCUGUCUCCUGGGGCAAAAUUCGCGCGGGUUCGGAAGCCGUGAAGGUAUAUGCUGAUGCAACAUUGGUGUUCCCAAUGCUCGUUGCCGCAACCUUUGCGCGUGAUGCUGCGCCGGCGUCAGCAUCAUCUUGA